AUGAACGCGAUACAUGGCCAGUCUGCACCGUCUACCGCCCUCCUACGAUUCCUUCGAAACCAGCUCGAGCCGCAACUCACGCAACAUUGCCAUCUAUCAUUAUCGGCAGCCCGAUCUCGAACCUCCAGAGCGAGGCCGCGCCACACCUUCGCAACCGCUCCUAAAACCUUCGCUGCGCAAAGGUCUCCCCUGAGUUGUACGAACCACAAUAGGACAUGUCGACGGAACCUCAAUACGUCGUCGAGGCUCUCUGCGGAAGCAUUUUGGAGGCGGGUGCGACAGUUUAGGAACCCAAAGCAGCUGCGGCAAGAGGACCUACCGCCAUUACAGGGCUUCCUGGAUGACAACUCUGGUCUCGGUGGCAGAAUCAUCAAACCGAGUAACGAGCUGAAGCUGCGCUGUACGGAGUUCAAUGAGGAUGGCAACGUCACGCUGGUCAAUGGGGAAUUUCGGAAGAGCGAGUUGAUCGCAAAGUACUCGCUUCUUCCUCGAGACUUGCGCAAGAUCGAUAGCAGUGUACUGCCCCACAUUCUUGUUCGUCCUUCGGCGAUCUUGAUCAAUCUGCUCCAUCUGCGAUGCCUGAUCAAGCACAACCGGGUCCUGGUUUUCGACGUCUACGGAUCAACCGACUCAUACGCUCAGAGUUUGUUCAUGUACGAUCUCGAAGGAAAACUACAGCAGAAGCAGAACUCCAGUGUAGCUGGAAACCUACCGUAUGAGUUUCGUGCGCUCGAAGCCGUCCUGAUUAGCGUUACCAACGGCCUUGAGAGUGAAUUCGAGGGAGUGCGGGAACCUGUGGUGCGCGUCUUGAGAGAGCUGGAAGAGGAUAUCGAUAGGGACAAGCUCCGCUACUUGCUCAUCUACUCCAAGAAGCUGGGUACCUUUGAGCAGAAAGCGCGCCUUGUGCGGGACGCCAUCGAAGAUCUGCUUGAAGCCGACGAUGACCUAGCGGACAUGUACCUCACAGAGAAGGCAGAAGGCACGGAACGAGAAGAGGACAACCACGAAGAGGUCGAGCUACUGCUCGAAUCCUACCACAAGGUCGCCGACGAGAUCGUGCAAGUAUCUUCGAACCUCGUUUCUGCCAUUCGUAACACGGAAGAAAUUGUGCGUGCCAUCCUAGACGCAAACCGCAACAGCCUCAUGCUACUAGACCUCAAGUUCAGCAUCGGCACACUUGGCAUAAGCGCUGGUAUGUUCAUCGCUGCACUGUACGGGAUGAACUUGGAGAACUUCAUCGAAGAGUCCAACUUUGGCUUCGCCGGAGUCACGGGGGCUUGCAUAGUCUUGACGUCUGGGGCAUGUCUUUACGGCAUGCGGAAGCUACGUAAAGUGCAGCGACUGUCGAUGUGGGGCGAAGGUGGCCUGAAGAAGGCACAGAAGGACCGAGGCUACAGAGGUAGCCGGCACGAUGUUGAUCCUGUUGCGAACGCAGAGCUGAACGGCGAAAAGUCUCUGGUGGGCCCGGUCGGCGCGAAGCGUGCGGAUCGGCUGAAGAUGUGGAAGCAGGCACAGCAAGAGAAGCUGAGGGCAAUUCACGAGCGUCCCGCUCCUCCUGUGCCACUAGGACCGAUCCGGCCAUGA